AUGCCUAUCUGCACGCUACCGACGGUGACCAUUUACGAGGACUUUGAUAAGCUUAGCGCCAAGGAAGUGUACUUCACGGAGUCGGGCGAUAAGGUGACGGUCAAGCUGUUGCACUUUCCCAACCUCAGCCCCGAAGAGCAGGACCAUCUGAAGACCAUGUCGGACAGCGGUGACGAGCAUGAUGCGGGGAAUGGGGGUUCCGCCGGUGCAGGAUCGUCCAGCGAAACGGUACCGCGCAGUCGGAAGAAAUCCUUCACCCGCAAACUUUCGAACGAUGCCCGCAAAUUUUCGGCACUUACCAGUCGCAAGAAUUCGAAGGACGCUGAUCUGACCGCACAGAACAUUGCCCCAAAUCUCGCGCCGAAUCAGCAUAUGGGCGGACAGCAUCACCAUCAUCAUCAUCACUAUCAUCACCACCACCAUCAAUAUCAGCAGCAACAGCCACCGAAGGCACAUCAGAACAGCGGGGCAUACCACCAACAUUAUCAGCAGUCGCUUCAGCAGCGGCACCGAACGCAGAGUUCGUCUCAUUCGCAACACCACUAUCAAAAUCAGCUGCCAAUACUGCAGCAUCCGGCGGCAGAUGCCGGAAUUGGUGGCCGGUCAGAGCAUGUGGGUGGUGGUGGCAGUGGCUCGUUGCGUUACCGGAUGGGUGCGAAUCGGUCACCCUCACCACGCCAGUCCGCCAGUCUCUGUCCGGGGUACGAGCAGUACCAGAUGUCACUGCUGGAGGUACCGAUGCCACGUGAUUAUGGCGAUGCAUCGAGUGAUGAUUUGAGCUCCGAAUGGGACUCGGACGUCCCGGACGUUCGACAUGAAUCUGGAGCGAAGCCUUCUGGAUGGCGCAAGUUGCGUAACAUCGUGCAAUGGACACCCUUCUUUCAGACGUACAAAAAGCAACGUUACCCGUGGGUGCAGUUAGCCGGACAUCAAGGAAACUUCAAAGCUGGACCAGACCAAGGAACGGUACUCAAGAAGCUAUGUCCCAAAGAGGAAAAAUGUUUUAAGGUCCUGAUGAAGGAUGUCUUGAGACCUUACGUUCCCGAGUAUAAGGGACAAGUGAACAGUGAGGAUGGAGAAUCAACGUAUAUACAGCUGCAGGAUUUACUCAGUGACUUCUACCAACCGUGUGUCAUGGACUGUAAAAUAGGCGUCAGAACCUACCUGGAGGAGGAACUGUCGAAAGCCAAAGAGAAGCCGAAACUUCGAAAAGAUAUGUAUGAAAAAAUGAUACAAAUUGAUCAAAAUGCCCCCACCGAUGAAGAGCACCGUGCUAAAGGUGUCACAAAGCCACGCUACAUGGUGUGGAGGGAAACCAUUUCCAGUACGUCUACGCUCGGAUUUCGAAUAGAGGGUAUUAAAAAGAGUGAUGGAACCAGCUCGAAAGAUUUCAAAACGACAAAAUCGCGUGAUCAGAUCUGUGAAGCGUUCCGUGAAUUCGCCGACGGGUUUCCUCAUUCAAUGCCGAAAUACAUCCAGCGGUUAAAGGCGAUCCGGGCGACGCUGGAAUAUUCGGAGUUCUUCAAAAGCCACGAAGUGAUAGGCAGCUCAUUGCUGUUCGUCCACGAUCGGCACAAGGCAAGCGUCUGGUUGAUUGAUUUUGCCAAAACGGUCGCACUGCCGGAGAGCGUGGCAAUUACGCAUGACAGCAAGUGGAAGGUGGGCAACCACGAGGAUGGAUACCUGAUCGGGAUCAACAACCUAAUAGACAUCUUCAGCGAGGUGCACGAUCGUCAAACAGUGCAAUCGCUCACGGAGCGAAUACCUAGGCUUUCGUUGCCCGACGACAGCAACGGUAUCGAUGAGGACUUGCAGCGCCACGACGGAUGUAAUCUAAAUGAAGAGAUCUCACCUACCACUUUGCCCGCCGUUUCCAGCCGAUGUGGCGAUAAAAUCAGCUGCGUCAAUAACAACAACAAUUACGACUGCAAACCAGAUGACCAACAUCUGCAGUCGGUGGGUGGCAACGCUUCGGACAGCACGGGUUUGUGUGACUAUGUUGGCUCCAAUUCGGGCUGA